UGGCUAUCUGAAUUUUGCUUUGAAAAAAUAUCAUGAGACAUUUACUGUGCAUGGAGUGAAGGGGGAAACACUUAUUGACGUUGGCCAUGGACCAUCAAUUUAUCAGGACCUUUCUGCAUGCGAAUCCUUCAGAGAGAUCAUUGGUGGUGAAUACACUGACCGUAACCGCGAGUACUAUGAAAAAACCGUGAGAAAUGAACCAGGAAUAUUUGACUGGACAAGUGUUAUACAAGCAGUCUGUGACCUGGAAGGAAAAGGGCUUGUGAGGAAACUAACAACAUGGAAACAGGAUUCACAGGCAAAGAUGUUUAUGAAGAGGAAUUUGAUCCUUGGAGUUAUUUACAAACACACUAUAACCCCAAAUCAGGAAUUCUGGUAAAGGAAGGCUUCCUGACCUUCACUUUGAAAAAAUUUCAUGAGACAUUUACUGUGCAUGGAGUAAAGGGGAAAACACUUAUUGACGUUGGCCAUGGACCAACAAUUUAUCAGGACCUUUCUGCGUGUGAAUCAUUUGAAGAGAUCAUUGGUGCUGACUACACUGACCGUAACCGUGAGUACUAUGAAAAAACCCUGAGAAAUGAACCAGGAAUCUUUGACUGGACAAGUGUUAUACAAGCAGUCUGUGACCUGGAGGGAAAGGGUACCACAGUGGAAGAGAAGAGAGAAAAACUGAAAAAGACAGUGAAAAAGACUAUUAAAUGUGAUGUAACUAGAAGCAAUCCUGUGGCACCUUUGGUGUUGCCCAAAGCUGACUGUGUAAUGGCUAUUUUGUGUCUGGAAGGUGCCUGUAAAGAUCUGGAUAGUUAUUGUAAUGCCCUUAAUAACAUUUCAUCUUUGCUAAAAGUGGGAGGACAUUUAAUUAUUGUUGAGGUUCUUAACUGUACCACUUACUUGUUUGGAGGCAAAAGGUUUUCUUGCUUAACCUUAAAUGGGGAAUUUAUGAGAAGUGCUAUAACUAAUACCGGUUAUGCUAUAAUAGACCUGGAGGUUUUUCCCAGAAAGUAUGAUGAAGAGCAGUACAAAAUCAGUGAUCAUGACUCAACCAUAUUUAUUCUUGCACGCAAACUGAGGGAUAUUUAGGUUGGAGAAGACAGUUGACAGUAUAUGACUGCUUAUGUCUAUUCUCUACCAAGGCUGAUUUCUUUGUAUAUUCAGUCAUAGAAAAUAUAAAUACAUAUUCUGAAUGGUUACACUGGUUAAAUUAAAGAGGCAAUAUAUACCUGUGUUCAACAUGAGCUUAAUAAAUGUGUUUUCCUUAAAUA